CUGGUUUCCUGUCGUUCCCAGUUGUUUGGUUAAUGGCGGACGAGCAAAUCAACGGCUAGCUUAAUCACCAUUAUAAGCCGGGAAAAGACAAGUUUAAAGGCGGGUAGCUAGUUGAACUGUCUCUUGGGAAGACGUGUACGUAUCCAGUCAACAAGGAAAAUACUUACUCCUACAGGACGUUAACCCGCAUUAGAAGACAAGCGAGACCGAGAAGUUAGCUAGCUAGUAGCUACAAGAUCCUUAGGAUUAUGAGCGUUCAAACGUUACAGGACCCAGCGGCCUGAAUACUUUUUGGUUUUAGAUAACUCGUCGAUCAAGUGGAAAAAAAACAGCUAAUGCGAAAACUGGAUUGAGGACGAUAACACAAUAUAACGUUUGUGAACUACUGCAUGCAGACAUGCCACUGUAUCUUUUGAGAAGGUGACAUCGGAAAGAAGCUGCUAUCCGAGAACUGCCACCGGACGUCACUAAGGUAGCAACCCAGUAAUUUGAAGGUUACGUAUCCUGAACUGCGAGAGCUUUCAUGACAUGACUGGAAUGCCUAGUGCAUGAAAUAUCAGCUGCUGCGAUGUGGAGCCGCAGGAGGAGCGAGGCGGCCCUGGGCAGCCCGGCCCAGCCUGGAGGACCAGAGCUGGCGGCUGCAUUUAAGAGUUUCGGUCAGACCAAAGCCGCAUUACGCCACAUCGAGAAUCGCCUGGAGGCUGCUCCUGGCACCGGGGUGUUGUUGGACUCUGUCAUGGAUACCAAGAAAACCUCGAGUGGGGCGACCAGGAAAGUCAGCCGCAGAGAGGGGAGGCGUUCGGAGCAGAGCUCGGGCCCCGACUCGGCCUCCAAGCCCAGAGCGCGGAGCCGCCGCAGCCCAGAGAAGAGCUCGCGCAGUCCCCUGAGGAACACCACGCUGGACAGCAAUGUCAGGAGGGCCAACUGCGUGGAGUUCAGAGAACCGCUGGCUUCCUACAGGGAGGCCACCCCUCCCCUCACCCCCUCUCAGCUGGAGGCCCACGCCCUGCAGGCGGAGAGGCCCCCGUCGCCCCUGCAGGACCCGCGGGCGAGCCAGCUGGUGUACCGCAGCGACACGCGGGACCGGCAGAGCCGGCAGGCGGACAGCCCCGCGUCGUCGGCCCUCGACAGCACGACGGUGCGCUACCUCAACGACCGGCCGGCCCUGGACGCGCUGCAGGGCCCCGGGGCCGAGGCCUCGCAGUCCUCCAGCCCCGGGUCGGCCUCCCAGCGCCUGGAGGGCCUGCGCCGCCGGCAGCCCGACGACAAGCUGGAGAAGCUGAAGGAGCGCAUCCGCCGCCAGCGCGAGCACCUGGAGGAGGCCGCCGAGAGGGAGAGGCUGCUGGGGUACCUGCAGCAGCCCGUGGGCCUGGCGGGGUCCUCCGCCGAGACCGCGCCCGCCCACGCCCCCAACGUGCGCAAGGUCGCCCCCGCCCCGCCCGCGCCCGUCUAUAAAGGUUUCAACCCCACGGAGACGAAGAUACGCACCCCGGACGGGAAGGUGUGGCGGGAAGCCGAGUUCCAGGGUCUGAGUCGAGAGAUGUACAGAGACCUGUCGCUGCAGAUCACGGAAAACGCUAAAGUGAAGCAGAGGCCUGUGGAGAAGGGGAGGGAGAAGAAGCCGCCCAAGCCCGUCAGAAAAGUGCACAAGUGCCCCGACGCCAAGCCAGUUGCUCCGGUGAUCACGACAUCGUCCUGGAGGGAGGGGCUGAAGCCGGGGAGGACGGGGCCUGUCCCAGCACCUCGGGCCCCUCGGGAGCCAAGGGCCGGGACCACAGACCCCGCUGCUCGGCCAGCGCCGGGCCCUCGUGCGCACUCUGACCCCCGGCCGUCGAGAGCGAGCAGCAGGGAGAGGCCCCGCGGCCGCGCCCAGUCCGAGGACCUGACCCGGGCCGCCCCCACCCCUGUGUCCACAGCGACCGGGGAGAGGGAGGGGGAGGGAGUGGGGGAGGGCAGGGCCCUCAACACGGACCUGCUUUCGGCCGACAUCCAGGGCAUGCUCGACGACCUGAAGCUGGAGGGAGGGGUGGAGGGCGAGGGCCAGGGGCCCGGGGGGGCCCCGCCGCGGGACUCCAAAGCCAGGAGGAGGACGACCAGGCCCGCGGGGGGCGCCCCGACCCGCCUGUCCCGCAGCGCCAGCCCCGCCAAGGCCAAGCAGGAGGAGGCGCAGCCCAAGAGGAGGCACUACGACGCGGAGUCCGUGCGGCAGUACAUCGCCCGCCAGCAGGAGGAGCGCAAACGCAAGCAGCUGGAGGAGCGGCGCACGCAGCGGGAGGAGGCGGAGCGCAGGAACCAGCGCCUGCAGGACCUCUACAGGAAGCAGCGCGAGGGCGUGGCCAAGGGCCAGCCGCCCAAUGAGGGCCCGGCGCAGAAGCGUCUCCAGGAGACCUACACCAAGCUGCUGCUGGAGCAGGCCCGGCUGGGGGAGGAGCUUCCCCAGGCCCAGCCCGCUGUGGAAAGCCUGCAGCCCAAGCCCCUGUACCAGCCUUCGGGGGAGUCGGACAAGGAGAACAAGAGACUGGACCGGCCCCAGAGCGCCUCCUCCAGCAGUGACCUGUCCCUGUCGGAGCCCCAAGUGCCCCUGCUCACCAGGAAUGAGCUGGGUCCAGGGAGACCGGCCUGGAUGCAGCCGGACCGGCUGAGUCCUGCAGCCAGAGCCACUGGGUCUCUGGCUCCCCCUGCUGGCCACCUCUUCACCCACCUGCUGGGCAUGGAGUCCGGCGUCUCGGGGCUGAGGAGGGAGGGCCCGGCGGUGGGCCUGAUGGGAGGCACGGGCCGGAUGAGCCGCAUCGAGGCGCUCAAAGCCACGGCCGCCUCCCUGUCCACCCGCAUCGAGAACGAGGCUCGCAAGCUGGCCGGCGCCGGGGUCAACUACGACUGCGUCUCCAACGGCGUCUGCGCGGCGACCGUCCCCCCGGCGACGGCCCGCGACGACGGCCGCUGGGCCAAACCGGUGAGCCCGCCCUCCCCGGAGGGGCCGGAGCCCGCCGACCUGUCCCUGCGCAUCCAGAGGCUGCUGAGCGUGGGGCAGGCCUCCUACGACGGGGUGCUCCCCGGAGUGGGCAACCUGCACAGCUUCAGGAGCCUGAUGGGCCCCCGGACCGCCUCCGCGUCUCCUCCGGCCUCCCGGGGUCAGCAGGAGGUGCAGCAGGGCGGGGCCAGGGGAGCAGGGAGGAAGGGGAGCCCCCACAACUCCAGCGGGGACUCCAUCAGCGAGGGGCCCCUGCUGAGCGAGGGCAGCCUGUCCGAGGGCGACGGGAGCCCCCCUGCCCCCGCUAAGGGGGUCCCCAAACCCGCCGCGCUCCUCAGGGCCCAGGAGUACUGCACGGAGGAGCGCGGCUCCCUCCGCCCCUUCUCGCUCUUCCAGAAGGAGGCGGAGAAGUACCCGGCGUUCAGCCCCGCGGCCCUGGCCCGCGAGAGCCGCAGCCCCUGGGAGGAGCUGGCCAAGGGGAGCCCGCACAGCGUCAUCAACAUCUUCACCAAGAACUACAGCAACUACAGCAAAGUACUGGAGGAUGACGCUGGGGGGAGCUCUCCUGCUCUGGGCUCCGCCCUGUCCCCCAGCCCUGUGGGGGCGGGCGUGUCCGCCGGCUCCAUGGACCCGGGGGCUUACGAGGACGACUUCAUCACCUGCAGCAGCAACGGUGGCAGCAGACCCUCUGGCAGCAGAGGGCACACUCGGCUCAGCCUUGUGAACAGUCCUAAGGACGAGCUGGCGAGUAGGAGGUCUCCCUAUGACAUGCGAGCCGUGGACCUGGCCUCCCACCCUUCCUCUGGUUCCACACCUGCGUCCUCGCCGCGCUCCGCGGACUCUGUACGGAAGAGAGCCGGCGAAAUGUCAGAGGAGAGUCUGGAGCUCACGCUGACGGGGAGUCAGAAGAGCCCCUCCUCGCAUGCCUCCGAGCCCCACAGGGACGCUGUCGUCAAAGGGCCGGGCAGAGACGCAGACAGCCCCCUCAGGGCCGUCUCCAGACACUCCCCUCUCAGCCUGGGCUCAGAUGGCAGGAAGUCUCCGAGGAGCCCGGGCCGUUCCCCGUCCGGGUCCCCCGCAGGCUCCGGGUCCCACCGGGCCUCCCCGGGCGAUGCCUCCCCCGCGGGGCCCGAGCAGCUGAGGGCCGGCUCCGCCCUCCCCAGCUCCUCCUCCUCCUCGUCCUCUGCCAGGGCCAGGCCCCCAACGGGCCCCAGCACCUUCACCAGGCCGGGGCCCACUGGAAGCGCAGAGCCCAAACCCGCAGGCGACCUGCACUACGCCCCCAGCGCUCUGCAGCAGCGCAUGGCUGCUGAGCUCAGCUAUCUGGACGCCAUGGAGGAGUCUGUGCGGCAGCUGGCCGACGUGGAGAGGCUGCGGGGCGUGUCUCUGGCCCAGCAGGAGUCCGUGUCCCUGGCACAGAUACUCAAGUCCCAGCAGCAGAGGCACGAGCGUGACCUCUUCCUGCUGAAGCAGAAGGCCGAGCAGGAGGCCCUGGAGACCAGGAGGCAGCUGGAGGAGACCCGGCAGAGAGCCGCACAGGCCCACGUGGAGCUGCAGGAGAAAAUGGCGCACUCCCAGCAGGAGGCGCGCGGAGGCCUGCAGGAAGCCACCAGCAGGAUGAUCAGCCAGCAGGCUGAGUCUGUGCGCUACACAGCCGACGCUGCGCGCCACAUCAAAGAGAUGACGGAGCUGGCACGCACCCAGAUUUCCGGGGCCCUGAGUGUGCCGGCCCCUCCCGUCACUACGCUGUUUGACCAGCAGAGGCAGCAUCACCACAGCUUCAUGAAGCAGCUCCAGUCCCGCGCCGAGGCCGACAGGCAGAGUGAAGGAUCUGUGCGGACAGAAGAGCCCCUCUCUUCGCUCAGCAGCCCGACGGGAGAGUCUUCCCCCUCCCAGAGACCUGCGCACAGCGGCAGCACCAGCCCCCGUACCAGAUCCUCCGAGCACCAGGAGAGCAGCGCACCGGGCAGGAAGGGUAAGAGCAGCAGCUCGGUGGAGGAGGAGGUCCAGACCGCGGCGGACGACUCUCUCCGCAGCUGCAGCGUGCGCUCUCUGCUGGAUGAGAAGGACAACACCUCGGUCGCCACGGAGUACUCCCUGAAGUUCGACGAGUCGAUGACGGAGGACGAGAUCGAGGAGCGUUCGUUCCGCUCGCUGCUCCCCUCCGAGGCCCACCGGCGCUCCACGCUGAAGGGCAGCUCCCACGAGGACUCCGAGGAAGAGCAGCGUGCUCAGGAGAGGAGCAGCGUGCUCGACCUGGCUAAGCAGCCGGACGGCAGCAUGCCCUUCUCCAGCGGGCAGCACAGCUUCUCCAGGUUCACCAUGGACAUGGUGCGGCAGUACAUGAAGGAGGAGGAGGUGCGCGCCCAGCACCAGAGCUCCCUGCUGCGGCUGCGUGAGAAGGCUCUCAAAGACAAGACCAAGGCCGAGCUGGCCUGGCUGGAGCACCAGAAGAGGCGCUUGCGAGACAAGGGCGAGGACGACAAGAUGCCCCCCAUCCGAAAGAGGCAGCGAGGCCUCUUGCUGAGGCUGCAGCAGGAGCAGGCGGAGAUCAAGCGCCUGCACGAGGCCAACAAGGCGGCGCGGAAGGAGAGGCAGCUCCUCCUCAAACAGCAGGAGGAGAUCGAGAGGAUGCGGCACACCACCCUCAAGCUGAAGGAGCGCCUCAAGAGUGCGGGCGAAAACAACCCGGACACGUCUGUCUCCGAGCCUGCAGAAGGGCCAGCCAUGCCCAGCCCCUCCCUGACGGACAUGGACACCCCAAGCCCCUCUCCACUGUCCGUCUCGGGCAGCGAGACCAGCAGCAUCAUGGAGAAGCUGAAGAAGAUGCGCUCCCACAUGGAUGAAAAACACUGCUCUCCUGUCCAUUACUUCUUCUCUGUCUUCUCGGCUCACAACUGGGCCUCUCUCAGUGUCUGUUUCCCCAACCUCCAUCCCAAAUUCCAGCUCUUUAUCUACAACCAGUUGGUCAGGUUCCUGACCAAGCGGGAGCAGCAGCUGAUGCAGAGGAGGCGCCACGCGGAGGAGCUGCUGGAGUGGAGGCAGCGCCUGGACGCGGAGGAGGCCGAGGUGCGCCGCAUGGAGAAGCAGGCCCUGGCCGCCUGGGACGGCCCGCAGCCCCGCGACACCCAGCCCCGCGCCGAGGGCUCCGGCCCCAGCCUCAACUCCAGCCUCAACGCCAGCCUCAACGCCAGCCGGGCCUCGGACAGAGCCCACAGAGAGCCAGACAGCAAGGCUGAGGACUCCUUAGUGCUCACUGUCUACAGCCAGCAGCCUGAGCUGUCUGUCCCUGAAGAACUGGACUGUCCUUCUACAGACCAGCCCAUCUCUGAGCUGCCCUCACCCCACAAGGAUGCCAGCCAGCAGGAAGACACAGUCUACACACAGGAGUUUGACUCCUCCUCAGAAAGCAAACUGUCCCCUUCACCAAGAGGCAGUCUCAGCACUUCCAGGCUCCCGGAGAGCAGCAGGGGCCCCAGCAGCAAGAUGCCGCUCCGCUCAUCCUCCAUGGAGGCCCGCUCGGUCUCUCAGUCCGAGCCUACGUCUGAUCAGAGUGACAUCGAGAGCCGCAUCCACGCCCUCAAGGAGGAGCUUCGCAAGCGCAAGUCCAUCGUGUACCAGCUGAAGAAGGAGCAGAGAAAGCGCCAGAAGGAGAGACUCAAAGCCCAGGAGGCCAGCCUACUGAAGCAGCUGGAGUCCUAUAAUGACUUCAUUCAGAAGACCAAGGCCGAGUUAAGCAAAGAACCGGACACCACGCCCAUGACUAAACCCCAGAUUAAAACACCCAGUUCAGCCUCAGAAAAGCCCAGGAUUAAACCACCUCCUCUUCAAAGACCGGAAACUAGCAAAAACUGGAAGAUUGCGACUGAAACAGAGAAAGGAGAGAAAGCCCAGGCAGAGUCGCCUAUUGACCGAGAUGAUGUCACACCAUCGGGACACAGUAGGUACUCCUCUUUGUGUGAAGAGUCGUCUGAUGAGGAUCCUCCAACAGUCACACCGACUCCAGUACAAGGAAGUCCAGAGCAUGUAAAUGGGCUGAAGAGCCUGAUGUCACCAGAAGGCUUGCCUGGCUGGCGCUUUGAGGAGCCCCAAGCUCAGGACAGGAGCGCUAUGCCGCAUGCGGGGGACUCUGGAGACGAGAGCAUCAUCUCCAGCCAAAGGUCGGAGGUGAUGGAAGAGCUGGAGUUACUGAAAUCGGAAGAAUCCGAUAACGACCAGCACUCUGAGCCGGCGCUGAAGCUGGUCCUGGAACUGCAGCCGGUGUCCCAAGAGCAGGGCUCGCUGAAGGACAGUCCAUCUGCUGAAAAGCUUGAACCCGGGAUUUCUAGGGAGAAAAGUGAAGAACAUCGUUAUGAAGACUUGGUUGAUGCUGGUGAAGAUAUCAAAUCUGGAACAACCCUGAUAAACCAAUCGGAAUCUGUCCUCAAGGACUCCAAAGACAGUCUUCCGUCAUCUGAACAAAGCACUUUCAAAAAGGAAGAUUCCUCUACUCCCCAGAUUGACAUCCACUCAUCAGACAGAGAAGUGCUGCCAAAGCUGAAGGAGGGUUCUCCUUCUGCUGACAGCUAUCAUGAUGAUUUUGAAUCCUCUGUGGAGUUAUCACCUCGGGAGGGACACUACACCUUAAAAUCCACCUCCCCUACUGUGCCGCAGACAGAGACAAGGCCUAGUACCAGGUCUCCAGUUUACAGCAGUGAGGAGGAAAUCAGUGAAGUGCUGAAUGAAAAAUCCGGCUCUGGCAGUCCUGCCUUCCACUCUGAGAAGUUUCUGGAUCUUAAGGCUCAGUCUAAACUUGACAAAGAUAGAGAGGAAAGUGAGAAAGGCAGGGAAGAGGUCAUCAGUCCUGAGAAGGAAUCCCAGUCUUCUCUUCCCCUGUCACCACCCAUCAUGACCCAAGACUUGAUGCCCGAAUUCAGUGUUGGAGACCGUGUUCUUGUGAGCAACGUGCAACCAGGUACACUUCAAUUCAAAGGACCAACUAGAUUUGCUAACGGGUUCUGGGCUGGUGUGGAACUGGACAAGUCAGAGGGUAGUAAUAAUGGUACCUAUGAUGGUGUGAACUACUUUGAUUGUAAAGAAGGGCACGGCAUCUUUGCCCCACCAGAUAAGAUCUCCCGACUGCCUGAGAAGUUUGAAAACUAUAUGGACACCACAGAAGAUGAGGACUCUUUAGAUGACCAGUCUGACAAUGAGUCCAAGAAAAAGCUUGCUUUAGAGAAGCAGUUGAAGCAGAGUAAUCUUCAGGACAAGAAAGUGGACAAAUCAGUGACGGUCACUAAAUCUGGUGAAAAGGAGCCAUCUGAUGUGAGUGAGGCCUUGGGUGAACACCAUGCAAGCCAAGGCCCGUCAGAAAAAGGUGGAUCUUUAGGAUCAACUGUCCAAGUUGAACUGAAUGACCUUGAGUCCAAAUCCAGCGAAAAAAUAAAUGGUGACAAGCACCCCACUCCAAAUGGAAAGAGUAGGAACAUCAUCUUGGAGUUUGAAGAUGCAACAACUGGUGACUAUGGUCUCAUCAUUACUGAUGUGGGCAACGUGUCUGCAGGAAAGCAGUCCCUGGAGAAGACCUCCACCCCUCUACUGGACCUGUUAUCCAGAGAGAAGGACAACCUGGAGGCUCAGCAGAAGGCCUCGCUCUCUGAACUCUCCUCUGAGGACCAAGCCGUGGAGAAGUCUGAUGCAGAGAAGAUGAGUGAGAAAGGGGUUGUCACUGCUUUUGCAGAUAAACUCCUCAAUGGCUUUGUUCAGGAUGCUGUCAAACAGUUCCAGCAGAUCAAAAAAGCCCGGAAUGAGAAGAUUGUAGCUUCUAAUCAGAGGAGAGGGAAUGAAGCCAAUGAAGACGACUGGCUGGGAGGGAAGACUUCUACUCAGUACUUCCCUUACCACACAACACAGAAGGACAACCUUCCCAACUUCCUGGAGGAAGGGCAAGAAGAGGUUUCUUCUCCAGAGCUGUGCAACCGUCCGGAAAGCCCUGUGCUGGGGGCGAGCGGUCAGGAGGAGCUGGCCAAGCGUCUGGCCGAGCUGGAGCUCAGCCGUGAGCUGCUGGACGUUCUGGGCGAUGAACAGGACUGGUUCGACGAGGACUUUGGCCUCAGCUCCCGGAAAGAGCAGCAGAAACAGAAGAUCCAGCUGCAGAAGGAGGGGGCGUCUGCCACUGUUGGCAUUGGGGCGGCGGAGCAGGUUAAGACCCCGGCAAGGCCUGCGCCCCCUCAGCAGGCCAAGCCCAUCGAGCAGCCCGUCAUGAUAGUGCCCCACGCUGCCCCUGAAGUGGAGAAGCUGGUGCAUGCUGCCACCCAGGAGAUCUGGGAAAGCUGCAACCUGGGCCUAGGGCUGCAGACGCUUGACGGAGUCUCCACCCCUCUCGCCUCCAGUGCCUACUUGGGCAGUGAUGCUCAGGGUGAGGACCUGGAGACCCUCAGCAAGCGUAGUUACAAAAAGGCUGUAUUUGACCUGACAUGGGAGAUCAUCCAGGAAAUCUUCUCGGAGGAUCCGAAUGCCCAUCAGCCCCAGUGGAUGAAGCCUCGGCGCAUUAACUCUUCCUGUUUGCGCAGAGUCCAAAGCCCGGAGGACAUCUCAAAGAUCCAGGCGUACAUCACCACAGAGGUUUUAAAGCUCUAUGGCCUAAAGAAAGACCAGAACCAGAAAACAGACUGGCAAAAGAUGCUGAAAUUCGGAAGAAAGAAGCGAGACAGAGUGGAUCAUAUUCUGGUUCAGGAGCUGCAUGAGGAAGAAUCUCAGUGGGUCAACUAUGAUGAAGACGAGCUCUUUGUGAAGAUGCAGUUGGCUGAUGGAAUCUUUGAUGCUUUGGUGAAGGACACUGUUGACAUCUUGACAAAACUUCAGGAAAAGAGAACAAAAAGAGCCCUUUCCUAAAUUUCAGUCCCAAAUAUCCCAUUACCUCAUCGCAGGAACUUCCACACCCAACGUGCCAAUAAUCUUUGGAUGCCUUUCACUAAAAUGUCUGUCAAAUGUAUUUUGUUUUGUUCCGUCUAUCUUCUUACAAAGGUUAGUUAAUUUGUAUUAACUCAAGUGCUUUACCGAGGAUCACAAAAUCCAGCCUUUUAUCAGUAUGCUUUAACGUUUAUUUUAGUCUAAAAAAAGCCUGCUUUUCUUGACUUCCAAACCCCAUGCCUACAUUCUGUCAUGUGUCUGUGGUUGAUUUGGAGUUGGAAAGAGCAUUGGACUUGCUUAGCUUACCUCUAUGCUGCUAAGUAGACCUCUUGAUUGUAUUGGGAAGUGCUUCACUGCAUUUGCUCCAAGAGGUGUGGAAAGGCUUGGCAAGAAAUACUGGGAUUGGAUUCGCCCAAAAAACAAACUGAUGUAAAAACGUCCAAAAAUGUAAUUAUAGUGCAUUAACGACAAGACUACAGGGCAGAGAAAUGCCAGGGAAAAUAUAUAUGUCUUGAUUUAUUUUGUAGAGAAAGAUCUGUUUCAACUUGUGCUUCCCAAAAAAAGCAAUAUUCUGAAUAGACCCAGCUGGGAUAGAAAGCUAAAGGAUUGUGUUCCCUUUCUGAACCAACAAAUAUAAUGAGCAAGCACAAAAGGAAAAUGUGAAAAAUUGAAACACUAUUAUAAAGGGAUUUUGUAAUACCCAGUUACUGUGCGGAAAGAGUUGCAAGAGAAAUGCAUACUUUUAAAUUUUAAGUAUUUUAUGGAUUUAAUGUAUCUUUGAAUAUUUUAAGUCAUUUUUUCUGAUCAAUUUAUGCAAACAAGGUAAAACCACAGCUGGUUUCUCAGUGUUGAAACCAGUUAUUUUAAGUGCAAAAGAGUACCAUCGUGUUAGACUCAAACCUUUUGAUUUGCCUUUUACUUGAUUCAGUUUAAGUGCCUCAUUGGUUAUAGGUUAAUGAGAAUUGUCGGUUUUAAGAGCAACAACUCAUUUUCCUGGCCUUGAUUAAUUAUCAUUGUUCUAACGGUCUUAUGUGCUUUAAUUGCAUGUGAACCUUAUUGCACUCCAACUGUGGUGUUCUUCAGAGGGGAGUGUUGUCCAGUCUCAUGUUUUCAAGGCUUUAUUCUCAUUUUAUUUAGCAUUAAGUUCAUGCCAAACUCAAAUUCAAAAAUUCCUGUUCGCUUGUGAAGGCUCCUCCUUUACAUUGGUCUCUAGUUAAUUGUUCAGAAGUUAAACCGUGAUUUAAAAGCUAUUUAAAAAAAAAAAAAAAACAUUUGAAAUUUUGAUAAAGAAAGCCUCAGUGUAUACACUUUUUUCAAACUGUUUUCUCUGUCGUGUUCACAGUGAUGUGAUGCCUCAUAUUUAUCUGUGUCCCUUCCCAGACAACUACUGUUACUCCAGGGCUUGUUUACUUCUGCCUCUGAUUAUUACAUGAUUGGCUAAUAAGUCCUAGUUUUACCUGUAGUCUGAACAUACUGAUCGAUGUACUCUAACAGCAUCGUACGUUUGUCCACUGAACUGAACAACAAAUGACACUCAUCAGUAAAUUGUUCUGGUCAUCAAAAGUGUCCUUAACUGUGAGAGAAGAAACAUUUUAUUGGCCUCCUGCUUAGAUUCUGUGGCCAGCCUACGCCAUGCUGGCUCAACAAAGGGUGUGCUUGAAACAUCAGGACACUAUAUUAUGGAUAUAGUUUUUUUUCCCUUCAAGAUGUAUGUGACACAACUCUUAAGACACCCCAUUUCCCUCUCCCUGGACAGCCGGUAGUGGGAACUACCCAUGAUACUGUUUUUGAGUUUUAAAACGGUUGCUUCAUUUGACCCUCCCUCAAGAAACUACUUUAUUCUCCAAAGUGGUUGAGGAUGGAGAGAUGUCAAAUCCUGUUCUGCUUAACUAUGCAUUAUUGGUGGAUCUGAUGGUUUAAUAUGUGAUCUCCACAUUAAUGGGAUAAAGGCAACCUUCCUCCGACUCCAUUUGCAGUAGAUCUUCCUAUUGCACCUUGUGUCGGACAACUAACAGACGAUGUUUCGGGGCAUAAAACGUUAAGUCUUCUGUUACCUGGAGACGGACUAUUGAGUUCUAAUGCUCUGUUAUUACAGAGGAGCAGACUGCAGCCAUUUGGAAAGGUGGCUCUGUGCUAAAUCUGAGGGGGAAAGGUGGUGAUAUUGUAACUCUUGAAAUGGAUUGUGAUAUUAGGCACAAAUGGUUCGAUAAUCAUUUUUAAUGUAAUUUGGAGUAAUGUUUUGAAAUUCAGAAGGGUAUGACUAUUUAUAAUGAUGACAAUAAUGUACUGUGAGCAACAAGGGUGCACUUGAAGACUUGUAAAUUGACAUGGGUGUAAAUAUACGAGAGCUUUGUCUCUUAUCGGACUAACAAUGAAUCUGUAAGAUUUGUCAGAUAACCUGGUUCUCUUUGUGUAUGCAAAUAUGUAUAUAGUAUACAUAUAUAUAUUUGUUAACUAAAUUGAACUUUGAAAUUGUAAAUAAAGGUUUCAUUUCUAAAUCUAAA